GGAUCCGAGGACGGACCGGCGGACCGACCGACGGCGGACAUGCGGGCGGCCCGGCUCUAGCCCCGGCCGGAGCCUCGGCCGCAGCCAUGGAGCGGCGGCUGCGUGCGCUGGACCGGCUGGCGCGGGGCGAGGCCGGCGGCGGCCCGGGCCUCGACGGCCUCUUGGAUCUGCUGCUGGGGCUGCACCACGAGCUCAGCAGCGCCCCCCUGCGGCGAGAGCGCAACGUGGCGCAGUUCCUGAGCUGGGCCAGCCCCUUCGUCACAAAAGUGAAGGAGCUGCGGCUGCAGAGAGAGGACUUUGAGAUCUUGAAGGUGAUCGGCCGAGGCGCCUUCGGGGAGGUCGCCGUGGUGAGGCAGAGGGACAGUGGGCAGAUUUUUGCCAUGAAAAUGCUGCACAAAUGGGAGAUGCUGAAGAGGGCCGAGACAGCCUGUUUCCGGGAGGAGCGGGAUGUCCUGGUGAAGGGGGACGGCCGGUGGGUGACCGCUCUGCAUUACGCCUUCCAAGACGAGGAGUAUCUGUACCUGGUGAUGGACUACUACGCCGGCGGGGACCUCCUCACUCUGCUGAGCCGCUUUGAGGACCGCCUCCCGCCCGAGCUGGCCCAGUUCUACCUGGCUGAGAUGGUGCUGGCCAUCCACUCCCUGCACCAGCUGGGCUACGUCCACAGGGAUGUCAAGCCGGACAAUAUCCUCCUGGACAUGAACGGGCACAUCCGCCUGGCCGACUUUGGCUCCUGCCUACGUCUCAACAGCAGUGGCAUGGUGGACUCGUCCGUGGCAGUGGGGACUCCCGACUACAUCUCCCCUGAGAUCCUGCAGGCCAUGGAGGAGGGCAAGGGCCACUAUGGCCCGCAGUGUGACUGGUGGUCGCUGGGGGUCUGUGCCUACGAGCUGCUCUUUGGGGAAACGCCCUUCUAUGCUGAAUCCCUGGUGGAAACCUACGCCAAGAUCAUGAACCAUGAGGACCACCUGCAGUUCCCCUCGGACGUGCCGGAUGUGCCGGCCAGUGCCCAGGACCUGAUCCGCCAGCUGCUGUGCCGCCAGGAGGAGCGUCUGGGCCGAGGAGGGCUGGAUGACUUCCGGAACCAUCCCUUCUUCGAGGGUGUGGACUGGGAGCGGCUGGCGAGCAGCACUGCCCCCUACAUCCCGGAGCUUCGCGGGCCUGUGGACACCUCCAACUUCGAUGUGGACGAUGACACCCUCAACCAUCCAGGGACCCUGCCACCACCCUCCCAUGGGGCCUUCUCAGGCCACCACCUGCCAUUCGUGGGUUUCACCUACACCUCGGGCAGUCCCGGCCCCGAGAGCAGCUCCGAGCAGCUGGCUGCCCUGGAGCGGAAGCUCCGCUGUCUAGAGCAGGAGAAGACGGAGCUGAGCCGGAAGCUCCAAGAGGCCCUGCAGAUCCCCUCGGACCAUCGGGAGCUGGAGCAGCUGCGGAAGGAAGUCCAGACCCUACAGGACAGGCUGUCAGAGACGCUGAGGGACAGCGAGGCCCCCUUGUCCCAGACGGAUGGGCCCCCUGCCGGUAGUGACGGUGACCUACAGCAGGAGAGAGACCGGCUCCUCCAGGAGCUGGCAGAGGCUCGGGCAGGGCUGCGGGCACAGGAGACGGAACUGUGCAGAGCCCAGGGCGGGCAGGAGGAGCUGCUCCGACGGCUGCAGGAGACCCAGGAGAGAGAGGCGGCCUCGGCCAGCCAGACCCAGGCCCUGAGCUCCCAGCUGGAGGAAGCCCAGGCUGCCCGGAGGGAGCUGCAGGCCCAGGUGGCCACCCUGAGCCGGGAGGUGACACAGCUUCAGAGACAGAGGGAGCGAAGCCUUGAGAAAGAAUCUUCCCGGGUCAAGACCGUCCACACUGCCUCUGAGACCAACGGCACGGGAUCGCCCGAGGGCGGGCCUCAGGAGGCUCAGCUGAGGAAGGAGGUGGCCGCCCUGCGUGUGCAGCUGGAGCAGGCCCGCGGCCACGGGCCCAGGGGAAAGGAGGAGGCCCUGUGCCGGCUACAGGAAGAGAACCGGCGGCUGAGCCGCGAGCAGGAGCGGCUUGUGGAAGAGCUGGAGCGGGAGCAGCAGAGCCGGCAGCGCCUGGAGGGCGAGCGGCGGGAGACAGAGGGCAACUGGGAGGCCCAGAUCGCCGACAUCCUCAGCUGGGUGAAUGAUGAGAAGGUCUCGAGAGGCUACCUGCAGGCCCUGGCCACCAAGAUGGCAGAGGAGCUGGAGUCCUUGAGGAACGUGGGCACCCAGACACUCCCUGCCCGGCCGCUGGACCACCAGUGGAAGGCAAGGCGGCUGCAGAAGAUGGAGGCCUCGGCCCGGCUGGAGCUGCAGUUGGCCUUGGAGGCCGAGAUCCGGGCCAAGCAGAGCUUGCAGGAGCAGCUGACACAGGUGCAGGAGGCCCAGCUGCAGGCCGAGAGCCAUCUGCAGGAGGCUGAGAAGCAGAACCGGGGCCUGCAGCAGGAGCUGGCUGCACUGCGGGAGGAGCUGCGGGCCCGCGGGCCAGGAGACACCAAGUCCUCAAACUCCCUGAUUCCCUUCCUGCCUUUCCGGAGCUCAGAGAAGGAUUCUGCCAAGGACCCUGGCAUCUCAGGAGAGGCCCCAAGACCCGGAGUGGAGCCCGAGCUGAGGCCGGAGGGCCGACGCAGCCUGCGCCUGGGGGCUGUGUUCCCCAGGGGACCUGCGGCUACCACAGCCCCUGCCGAAGGUCCUCCUGCAAAGCCUGGCUCACACAUGCUGCGCCCCCGGAGUUUCCCGUCCCCCACCAAGUGUCUGCGCUGCACCUCGCUGAUGCUGGGCCUGGGCCGCCAGGGCCUGGGCUGUGACGCCUGCGGCUACUUCUGUCACUGGGCCUGCGCCCCACAGGCCCCACCCUGUCCUGUGCCCCCUGAUCUCCUCUGCACGGCCCUGGGAGUACACCCCGAAACAGGCACGGGCACUGCCUACGAGGGCUUCCUGUCGGUGCCGCGGCCCUCAGGCGUCCGGCGGGGCUGGCAGCGGGUCUUUGCCGCGCUCAGCGACUCGCGCCUGCUGCUGUUCGACGCCCCAGACCCUCGGCUCAGCCCGGCCAGCGGGGCCCUCCUGCAGGCACUGGAUCUGAGGGACCCCCAGUUCUCAGCCACCCCAGUCCUGGCCUCUGAUGUUAUCCACGCCCAAUCCAAGGACCUGCCGCGCAUCUUUAGGGUGACAGCCUCCCAGCUGACCGUGCCGCCCGUCACGUGUACCGUGCUGCUGCUGGCGGAGAGCGAGGCUGAGCGGGAGCGCUGGCUGCAGGUGCUGGGCGAGCUGCAGCGGCUGCUGCUGGACACUCGGCCGAGGCCGCGGCCUGUGUACACCCUCAAGGAGGCCUACGACAACGGGCUGCCCCUGCUGUCGCACACGCUCUGCGCUGCCAUCAUUGACCAGGACCGGCUUGCUCUGGGCACCGAGGAGGGGCUGUUUGUGAUCCACCUGCACAGCAAUGAUAUCUUCCAGGUGGGUGAGUGCCGGCGGGUGCAGCGGCUGGCAGUGAGCCCCACCGCGGGCUUUCUGGCCGUGCUGUGUGGCCGAGGCCCCAGCGUGCGCCUCUUCCCCCUGGCCGAGCUGGAGAGCGCCGAGGUGACAGGCGCCAAGAUCCCUGAGUCUCGAGGCUGCCAGGCGCUGGCAGCCGGGCGCAUCCUGCAGGCCCGCACUCCUGUGCUCUGUGUAGCGGUCAAGCGCCAAGUGCUCUGCUACCAGCUGGGCCCAGGCCCUGGGCCCUGGCACCACCGCAUCCGUGAGCUGCAGGCACCAGCCCCUGUGCAGAGCCUGGAGCUGCUGGGCGACCGGCUGUGUGUGGGUGCAGCUGGUGCCUUCUCGCUCUACCCGCUGCUCAAUGAGGCUGCGCCCUUAGCGUUGGGGGGCAGUCUGAUGCCUGAGGAGCUGCCACCAUCGAGAGGGGGCCUGGGCGAGGCGCUGGGUGCCGUGGAGCUCAGCCUUAGCGAGUUCCUGCUGCUCUUCACCACGGCUGGGGUCUACGUGGACAGCGCCGGCCGCAAGUCUCGCAUCCAUGAGCUGCUGUGGCCAGCAUUGCCCACAGGCUGGGGUUACGCAGUCCCCUACCUGACGGUGUUCAGUGAGAACUCCAUCGAUGUGUUUGAUGUGAGGAAAGCAGAAUGGGUCCAGACGGUGCCGCUCAAGAAGGUGCGACCCCUGAACCCAGAGGGCUCCCUGUUCCUCUAUGGCACCGAGAAGGUCCGCCUGACCUACCUCAGGAACCGUCUGGCAGAGAAGGACGAGUUCAACAUCCCCGACCUCACCGACAACAGCCGGCGCCAGCUGUUCCGCACCAAGAGCAAACGCCGCUUUUUUUUCCGGGUGUCAGACGAGCAGCGACAGCAGCAGCGCAGGGAGAUGCUGAAGGACCCCUUCGUGCGCUCCAAGCUCAUCUCCCCGCCCACCAACUUCAACCACCUGGUACACGUGGGCUUUACCGACAGAAAGCCCAGCGCCAGGGACCCGCCCCCGGCUCCUGAAGGGAAGGGCCGAGGUGCCCGCAGCUCCGUCCCGCAGCGGCCCCACAGCUUCUCCGAGGCCUCGCGGCGCCCAGCCUCCAUGGGCAGCGAAGGGAACGCGGACCCCAUGAAGAAGAAGCCCUGGACAUCCCUGUCCAGCGAGUCCGUGUCCUGCCCGCAGGGAUCCCUGAGCCCCGCGGCCUCCCUGAUACAGGUCUCAGAGCGGCCCCGGAGCCUGCCCCCAGCCCCUGAAUCAGAGAGCUCCCCUUGACACCCUCUGGCAGGGCCCACCCGAACCCCAGGACUGAGAUGUGAGGGAGCAAAGAGUCUGAGGACUGCCACGCUCCGGCUGGUCCGGGACACGUGGAGAUUCAGACUCAGGGAGAGCCUGGGCUGGGGAGCCACUGGGAGGCUGAGUCCCUGGGACCUGGGAACCUGGCUCCCAGCCCUCACCCCACCUUUCUCCUCUACUCCCAGCCCGUUCUGUGCCCGCCAAUGGUCCCUCUUCUGCUAUGGGCUGGGGGCUCUUCUGGCCUGGUGUCCAGGGAUGAUUGUGCCAAAGCCCUCGUUUCCAGUGCCAAGCCUCGGGGGGUUUGGAAGAGUCGGGGACGGAGAAGGGCCAGGUCCCUGGGAGCAGACUCAGGUCUGGGCUGCGCCCUGUCCAGCCCCCAGGGAGGCCGAGUUGGGGCAUAUCCCAGCCUCUGCUCAGGGACAGGGCGAGAAGGACAGGCUCUGAGCCAGAGGAGAGAAGCGAGAGAAGCAGGGGGAAGGAUGUAGGUGAAGGAAGUGAGAGGCAAGUAGGGAGAGAGGAGGUGAUGGUGAUUAGAAGGAGGGAAAAGCCACCUGGAGAAGGAGAGAGGGAUAAAGGAAGGUGGAUGAACAAGAGACAAGGAAAGAGGGAAUUGGGGGAACGCACCCACGGUCCUUUCUCUGGGGAGGAGCAGGGUGGGGUUGGGAACAGGGAGAAGAAGCUCCAUAAGCAACUGACAUUGUCACCUAAUCCGUCCAGAGGAGAAGAGAAUUCCUAAGCAGGGGUGGAGUGGGGAGGGUAUUUAUAUGGGCUACUUGGUGGGAGAUGGGCACCCGGUCGGUCCACUGGCGGGUCUCCAGGCACACUUUGGCCCUUCCCAAAAAAGGGGGGGUCCUUUUUCUCAAAGCUUCGACCAACUGUGUAUUAGGGGAUCAUAGGGGACAUUUUAUUAUUGAGCACAGCCAUUAUUAUUAUUAUUAUUAUAUUACUAUUUUUAUUAAACCUCCCCCUACUGAUGAGUGAGGGGCAAAAUAAGUAUUUAUCUCCUCAAAUGCCCUAUUCCCGGGAGGGGUCAACCCUGAUGCUCUUCGAGGCAGGAAGAAAACAAUAAAGACAACUUUGUAAGUU